UUUCUCUCUCUAGCUGCCCUGCAAUCUCGCUCCCUCCUCGUCUUCAAUCCCCAACCAAACCCCCCUCCACUCUCACUCUCGCCCGCGUCGCAAUCAUUCGUGGGGGCGCUGUGCUGCGGUGUGCUUUAAUCCCUCCCCUUCCCAAAUUUCUGUGGCGUCCAGUCUCUCCGCUUGGAUUUCGCCAGGAUUGAGUAAUCGCCUCCCUCCUCUUCUCCUCCCAAUUUCUCUCUUUUCCAUCUGGGUCGCGUCUGCUUCUUCCCGAUUUGGUGCCAUCCCACCACUUCUUGUUGGACUCCGUCCGUCACACCUGUCCUCCUCGCUUCCAUCGCCAUUGCCGCUCUCCCUUUCUCUCUGCUAAAGCCGCCUGCUUUCUUGGACCGGCUCGGGUCGGGGCUCGCCACGGCCGGGCGUAAAUGCCCGUCCGUGCGGAGGAUCCCAGCCUUCUCCGCUCCAAAUCUUGUCCUUGUUCCCCCCAAUUAAGAGCAGGACAAGAUUCUUCGACGCUCCCUAAUCCUAGUAGCCAGAGAUGACAAAUUCGUCCUGACUACUCUUGCCCAGGCAGGCUCUCCGGCGGCGGCUCAGCUCUGGGAGCCGCCCCACUGCUAUGGGCUUCUUGAUCUGCGCCUGCCUCCUCCAGCUCCUGCUCUUGGCGACCUCUUCCGGGGUGGCGGCGCAGUCGCAGCCGCUCUCGCCUGAGAGGAUCCUCGACGCGACGCUGCAGGACUACGCGUACCGGGCGUUAGUGCGCCCGCGCACCGGCAUUGUCUACAACGCCACCCUCCCCGCCAACCUCACCGGCAUUGCGGUCUCCGCGGUCCGCCUGCGCAGCGGCAGCCUGCGCCGGAAGGGCUUCGCGGACUACCUCGAGUUCGGCAUCCCCACCGGCGUCGUCGUGCAGCCGCACGUCGAGCGGGUGGUGCUCGUCUACCACAACCUCGGCAAGUCGUCGGACAGCUACUACCCGCUCCCCGGGUACACUUACCUCGCGCCGGUGCUCGGGCUGCUGGUCUACGACGCGGCCAACCUGUCGGCCGUGGGUCUGCAGGAGCUCGACAUUAUCGCGUCAGGGAGUCCGAUUUCUGUGACUUUCAGCGAUGUCAGGUCGGUGCCGGCAGGCAGUGCAGCGCCGCGGUGUGUGGUGUUCGAUUUGAAUGGCGUGCCGCAGUUCCGGGACCUGGAGGCAACCAAUCUGUGCUCGACGUAUCACCAAGGGCACAUCUCAAUUGUGGUGAACUCCAGUGAGAUUGCCCCGGCUCCUGCUCCACCUGGCACAAUUUCCCCUCCGAUACCGACAGAGGGAGGUCAUAAGAAGGGAAGCUCAAAGGCGUGGAAGAUUGCCGUCAGCGUGGUUGGGGCUGCUGUAGCAUUGGGGCUGUUGGCUGCGCUUUUGUUGUGUUUGGUCAGGUACAAAAGGGAUAAGAAGUUGGAGGUUAUGGAACGGAAUGCGGAGGUUGGGGAGACAUUGCGGAUGGCUCAAGUUGGGCGGACGCAGGCACCUGUGGCCUUAGGGACACGGACACAACCGGUGAUUGAGAACGAUUAUGCUGCAUAGUAUUCUUUUGAGCUUUUUGCAGAGUUCUAGUCUAGUAACAGAAAGGCUUGAUAGUUAUGGCUAGCAAGGGGGUCGUCCAUCGGUUGGUUGGGGCAGCAAAUUUUCCAUAUCCAUGAAGGUGAUGCUAACGGCUAAUUUCAGAGCUCAGGUUCUGCUCCAUGAGGGUUCAGCACAUUUUUUUGGUGGGUUUGUUCAGAAGGUUGCAUUUUGGACUGCAAGCAAUGGCUAUUGUUCAUGUUCAUAGUUGCCAUGUUCAUAUGUGGGGAGUUCCUUUAUCUCCAAGCAAGCAAUGGAGGCGAAACGUUUGUCGUGUCAGAUUUGGAAGCCUCAGAUAUUUUUUUUUGGUUUGAUGUAUCCAAAAGAAAAUGUGCUUGGCAAUAAAGCUGAGGUAACAUUCAUUGCACAUUGCGUCAUGCUGUGUCGGAGAAAUUCAUUCAUCCAGUUUCAAUUUGACUUCAUUUCUUUUCCUUCUCCAUUUCAUGUUUAGACAACUGCUAAGAUGAUGCAGUGAUGUACAUGUUUGCUUACCUAGUUUUGUGGUAAUUGAUCUGAUUCUGAUAAUUUAGAUUCCA